AGACAAGGUCUCAUACCUGAUCUAUAAACAGGCUUGCUGUUAGGUGAGAGCUACUCUGGGAUUGAUCUUCUGGCUUACAAGAUGAAUACCCUCCAGACAGCGUUUCUCUUGGCUCUAGGUCUCUGUGUUGCCCAGUCCUUGGAUUACAGGGCACUCACCCAGUUCAGGGAUAUGAUCCUGUGCCUACAGCCCAAUAGCUGGCCUAUUCUUGAUUAUGCUGAUUAUGGCUGCUAUUGUGGAAAGGGAGGCUCUGGCACACCUGUGGAUGAUCUCGAUAGGUGCUGCGAGGUGCAUGACCACUGUUACAGUGAUGCUAUGCAGCACCCUGAAUGCUGGCCCAUCCUGGACAAUCCUUACACUGAGUUCUAUGCCUUUAACUGUGAUAAGCAAAAUAAAAAGAUCACUUGUGGCAGCAACAACGAUGAAUGUGAGAUGUUCAUCUGUGAGUGUGACAGAAAGGCUGCAGAGUGUUUUGCAAGAUCAUCUUGGAAUCCUGAUCAUGAGCACCUACCCAGCGAUCAGUGUCAAUAAAGACCUGUAUGGCAUAAAGAAUUAAAGUUUUCAGAUGUCUUUGACUUUUCA